AUGGCGUCGCACACCGAUUACACUGAUAUCAAGGCCUCAGCCAAGGAGAACGCCGCCGGUGUCUUUGCCUACGGCCAACGCCAAGUGAACCGCGUCGUCAGCCAGGACACGCGGCAGAGAGCAUACGGCAACACCUACAAUUUCGCCCAGGAACAGCCCUUCCUCUUUGCCUUCCUCCUCGUUCAAUUCAUCUUCUCCUUCAUCCCCAUCCUCGUCUUCGUCUCCUUCUCCGCAUCCACCAUCGCGUUCGCCUUCGGAGUCGCUGUCGUCUUCUCGCUUUUCUGGAUCGGCGUCGCCCUCCUUGUUCUCGUGCCGACCCUCUUUUUCACCUGCUCAAUCGCCGUUCUCGUCUGGGUCUGGGCCGCCGGCAGUUUCGUCAUCGCGAAGCGCCUGUACGAGAUGUCGCCCAUUCGCGCUAGGGGCGAAUUGGAGGUGGACGCGCCCAACGGGAAGACAUACGCCGUCAUCAAGCACGAGGACGGGGUCGAUGCGCACUCGCACAACUAA